CAUCUUCAAGUUCUGAUGAUGAAUUUGAUGUAUCACAUGUGGAACUAUUUCAAGGUGAGUCAGGCAGUCAGCUGCCAGAGCUCUGGUGAACUUUGGAUAUUUAUCAUUCUCCCCGUUGAAUAUAUUUCCUUUAUAAGCUAAUAUAAUUCCUAUAGACAUUAAAAUAUAUGUAUAAAAUGUCACCCUGUUUGAGAAUUACAUGUUUCCAUGUUAAUUACAGCAUGUAUAAAGGCUUAUACUAGGCUCAUAAGCUCAUUUAAGACUCUUUUAUUACUAUAUUAAUUAAUAUGCAGUCUUCAACCCAUCAAAUAUAAUUCAUAUAAUAUAAUACCCAUCCAUGGAAUUGCAACAAAGAUUGUUUGAUCAGUAUAAAUCUCCUAUACAAUAGUUCCAUUAAUGGUCUGAAGGGUUUAAUAUGUCCAAGGUUGUAUAUUGUGAGAUAUAUAUUUUUGCACAAGUGAAUAUAACAAAUCCUACAAGUUGAUUGGUCAAAUUUGACGUCUCAAGCUGUCAUAUUCACAUAAAGGUGAAUAUAACAAAACCAAAAUUUGCAAAACGGCAGCUAUCAGUAACUUUACUGAUAAAGAAAUAAGCGAAAUUAAAAUAAAUUCAGUCACAAAAGACUAAUGUGUAAAAAUACUAAAACAAUUAUUCGCCUCAGGCUUGGUGAUUUUUGUGGAAUAUUCACCUCGCAUUCGUAUAGGCAAAUAUUCCUCGAUAAUAAGCUCACCUUCGGCUAUCAUUGUUAAAUAUAUAUGUGUUGGGGUAUAAGGGAACUAACCUUUUUGGUGCGAAAAUGACAUUGCUGAUUGCUUGGCCAUUAAGGGGGCUUUGGGGGGGUCAGCGAUCCUGGAACAUAGUAUCCAUAAUUUUUUUUAAGUUUAUGGAUUGUGUUAAAACUUUGAAAAAUUUCUAGAACCUGAUGCUACUAGUACACCAGUGAAAAAGAGGCCAGGGAAACAUCCUUUGACUCCUGAGUCCAAAGCUGCCGCUGAAUCCAAACCCAAGAGGUUUGCAUGUAAGCAAGUGAAUUGUAACAUUGCAUUCAAUUUAAUAACCCCUUCCCUCUAUCAAAUUUUUCAAUAAACUCGGGUGCUGUUUAUGACACAGGCUAUUCAGCUGAUUCAUGUCCAAAAAAAUCUUUUCUAAAGGUUGCAAUUAUUGGAUAUUCUAAUUUAUACAUGUACAUAUAGUACUAAAACAUUAAUUGCCAUUUACUAAAUUGAGUUGAUAGUCAAUUUAAAUUAACCUCAGUGGGUGAUCUGUGUCUCCUUCAACCAUCCGGAUGUAUCAUGUCAGUGGUAUUUUGGCAUCACACGAAUCAUCUGGAAGCAAUUUUGUACAGGCGUUUGCAUGGCUACAGUUUCAAGACAAAUAAUGUACACAUUGCAACAUAUAUGGAAAAUAUUACGUGAUACAAUACAUUUCCAUGAGACUAUGUAUAUGAAAUAUCAUUACAAUCUUGUUCAAUUACUCUAUAAUGCAUAAUACUGUAUUUUAGCAUAUAAUUUAUCAAGUGUCCAAUGCAAUGAAAGAAGACACAGAUUGUUUACCGAAUUGGAACAUAUUGUGGAAUAUCAUGAAGAGUCAGAUGUAUAUGUGAAACAGUCACUGUUGAUGGCCUUACUUGAUUUAUCUGAUGAUGACAAGAGCAUUCUAACACGGUCAAUUAAAGGACUUUUUCCAAAUUCAAAUAAGAAAACAAUGAUGAUUGAAUAUGAAACAAUGUAUCCUUUUUUUAAGGUGAAACAAUACAUCCAAUUUACAAUGACUUUUAUUGGCUACCAUUUGAAUUGAUAUAUGUCUGCAUGCAUCUCUCAUUUGCCACUGGUUGCAUGACUUGCCAAAUUAAAAUUUAGUAUUUUUCUUGUUGGGCAUGCAUAGAUACAUUAGACCAACAACAGACACAUUAUUUUGUUUGGUACAGUACAGGGCCGUUAAAACAGGAUUUUUUCACCAGGGGGUGAGUAAGGCCUAUAUGCCGAAUACCCAGAGAAUAAUUAAAUAAUGUCAUUCUAAAUAUAGUUCUCUCUGUGGGGGGAGGCGUCCCCCCACGCUGUGUACAGUCCUGGUACAGUAUAAUAUAAGUAUUAGUGUAAGUUUUACAACUAACAUUAACUUUACACUUUCCUUAACAUUUAAUAAAGAGUUGUUUAUACCAAUCUCUCUGUUAAAAAUACACAUGGCAGAAGUCCUGUUGUUCGUAAGCGCUUGCUUGCUGUGGAUAGCAAUGAAAUUUUGGUGCUGCAAAAUGAAAUCAACAUCAAGGAAAACUCUUUGGUUGAAGAAGCAGCUGGGGUUGUUUCAGCACUAGAUAGUGACAACACAGAAUUUGCUAGAGAACUUGCAAAGACGUAUCAGGGGAACUUAGAACAGUAUUUAAAAUUAAACUCUGCAUUGAUCACAAUAUACGAAAGUAAACUUAGAAAGUUGGAUGGAAGUGAUGCAGAAAAAAUUUCAUCUUCACAGAAGGAGCAAAUUGAAAAAGAAAUUAAGGAAAUGGAAAAAAUGUGCUCCUUGGGAAUGAGAGAAGAAAGUGAUGUACAAGACGUAUUCAAGAAAGAGAUCUUCAACAAUUUGCUUAGCAAUUUUGAAGAAAAGUGUCCACUCUUGCAUAGUGUUUUACAGACACUUUUAGUAACAGAUAAAAGGCAAAGAGUUUACAAAACUUCAGAGUAUAAACUGACAUGCGGCGUUAAUGCAUUAUCUCUGUUACUAAGUGUUAGAAAUCAAAAAUGCAAAAAUGAUGUUCGACUGCUCCUUGGUCUUGUUUGUGUCACAUAUGGAGCUGGUAAACAGUUUAUCAAUCUUUUAAAUUCUAUUGGAUUGACGCCACAUUGGGAUACAAUGUAUGUAUGUUUUUCCUUGUCAAUGUACUUGCACAUUUCAUUAUGACCAUCUAUUAAUUUUAUGUUCCCAGGCUGUGAAAACAAACCCCUUGCUGGUCAUUCAAUAUUUUUCCACAGUCCUUUGGGUAUUCGUUUCUGUUUAUUUGAUUGAACGAACCUGGCUUGGACCAAAUUGUUUACACUGCCAUAAGGCCUGGCCAGGCCUAGUCCAUGCCACAUAUUAUGAUGGGCCCUAAUUUCCUGGCCUAGGACAGGCCAAAGUGUAUUUAUACACUACAAAAUUCUAUAUCAUCGCACACAUAGCCCUGGGUACGAGGUUGGUUGAGAACUAUAGAGAUUAAGUGUUUAGCAAGCUAAAUUUUAAAGUGGAACUGUCAUUAACAUUUUUAUUGUCUCAAACGAAAGAACUCCUAAAACUGUAAAGUAACUUUUGAAAAAAAUUGGUUCCCAUGGUUUGUUGUUGAGAUAUUUCAUUUUGUUUGAAACCACGUGACGUCGAUCAGUAAAUGUUGUGUAUCUUUGCUAUUUUUGACGGAUUUGUUAAAAAAAACAGUAUGCUUAAUGAUGUAGAUCAAAUAUUAACAAAUGCGCCGCAUCUUUCGAAAGAUUUUGAUAAAAAUAGCAACGAUACACAACAGUUACUGAUAUCUCAUUAUAUAUGUAAAUGAUAAAUGACGUCACAUGGUUACAAAAAAAUGAAAUAUCGCAAGAACUAAGCGUGGGAACAAAAAUUUUCAAAAGAAGUUACUAUACAGUUAUAAAAAUUGUAAUGAUAGUACCACUUUGAUUAAUUGACCAUGACCGAUUGUGCGGAGGCCGGAUAGCACUAUUCACCGGAUAGUCAAAUGUUUAACCACCAUAAAAUUGCUUUGAAAUGGCUAUAAAACUACUGAUUUGAAACCACAAGUAAGGAAAGAAGAAAUUAACUUAUAAAUACUAAGAUUUAAUCUGGAUUCUACUAAAACGGCCGUAAUUAGAAAGAUUAAAAAAAUCACUAUCCAGUUUCCAUACAACCGGCCCCAGUAUUCCAGUGACCGCAGAGUGAAUUUCAGAAUAUCUUCUAAUGGUUUGGAUACCAGUUUCUAUUCACAAUACAUGCAUUUCCUGUACAGUAGAUACUCACCCCAUAUUUUUUUCCACAUACUGUACAGUAUAGCACAAAUAAAAUAAUUUUCCUUUUUAGAAAUAAUUAUCUUGAUCAACGCCAAGAAAAAUUGUCAAAGGUUAUUAAAGACAAGUGCCCUGAAACGACACCAGUCAUUUUGUUGAUGGACAAUGUAAAUAUUUAUCGCGGAAGGAAACGCCAUCUAAGACUUUUCAAAUCUUUGGGGCCAAAGAUGUGGAAUUUUACCGUAAGAGGAGCAAUUAUCCCUGACAUAAGCGAAAUUGAAGAGCUAAUGACGUGUAAGGAAACUGCCACAAUGCCACAAACGGAUAUUUCACAAGUAAAAGCUGAAGAUCUCUUUUUAGGUAAUUGCUUCACAAUAGUAGAUAUACAUGUAAAGGCAGCUAUUUGCAAACAAUGACUAUAAUUGUAAUAAGGAAAAUAUUGGUGGGUUGUUACAGGUAAACUACGUGAAGCGUUCCUCUUUCGAGUUUCCAAAUUGAUUGCAAUUUUCCUCAUUACCUUUGCAAUUUACAUAUAGUACAAAACAUAAUCCGAAGAUAAGCAUCUUAAAACCCAAAAUAUGAGUCAAACAAGAAAGUGAAUAAUAUUUCGAUUUUAUUACAAAGUCAUCAUCAGACUAACUAUAGUUACAAUAUAUACAUGGUCGGAUUAUGUUUUGUACUAUAUUUUUUGAAAUUGUCGGCUGGUAUUGGUUUUUGCAAUUUACCCUUGUGGGGAUUUGCAAUGUUGCUAAAAGCUAAUUAAAUUUUCCUCAGUCCCUGUUAGAAGUUCUUAACUUCCUGUUACAAGUUCCUAACUUCCUAUUCUGUUCCGCGCGUUGCAAUUGACUAACGAAAAUAAUCGACCAAUAACAACGCUCAGAACAGAACAGGAAGUUAGGAAAUUAAAACAGGAAGUUAGGGAAAUUUAAAAUGAAGUUUGUUUGCAUUGGAAUAUUGCAACAGCCGAUAGGAACAUUGCAAAUUCCCUCAAGGGAUUGCAAAGAGUUCUUCAAAUUUGCAAAGCUAAUGAGAAAAAUUCCAAAUGAGUUGCAAGUCAAAAAGAGGAACGCUUCACGUAGUUUACCUGUAAUGCACAUGCUACUCUACGUAUUGGAGUCGUUUUAUUUAUCUGUUUCUCGGUCACACAAAUUCAUGGUCAAUCUGUUUUUGUGUUGGUUUUUUUUUAUAAAGAUUCCAUGCCCGAACAUAAAAAAUUAUGGGAUGACUGGCUCGAUGGUUAUUAUUUGGAGCUUCUUGAUGGUAGUUUGAAUGGUAUACCGAAACCUCCAAAGCCUUUUCUGGAAAUGAGUGAGGUAGAUUUGAAUUCGUGGCUUUCCAAAGUUGACUUUGGUAAACACAAAAGAGAAAGCGUUAAAAAGUUCAAGAUCAGUCUUCCUUCGAAGCAAGAACGUUGCUUAAAUAAUCAAAGUAAAAAGACGGAUGUUGUUAACCUUCCGUUGUCGUUGGAGGACAAUUCAACCCUUACAGGUACUGCUGCCAUUCUUGAACAGUUUGGUAAAGAAUUUUCCAUUCCUUGUCCUCAUCAUUAUGAAAUUCCCUUCGAUAAAUUAGAAAAGAAAUAUGAUCUAAAGUCUGCCCGAUUGCAGUAUGAAUUCAUGAGGUCAGUUGACGUGCAUAACACCGAAAUGCAAGAAAUGGAGAAACAACUGCGAUCGUAUGAAAAACAGAUAGAUGCAUCUACGUAUGAUGUUAAUGACACUGAAUCUGAUACCGAUUCUGGUGAUGAUGAUGGAACAAGAUCUUCAGGAUCUGUGACUAAGAAGGCCGUUCAGCAGCCAAAAGAUGCAAGGUUCAAAGCUUUGUAUGAGAGAAUUUCAAACAUGGCUCAAGACUCCAGUCACUCAAUCAAUGAUGACGCAUUGGACAACGUAAUCCAGAAACUUUCGAACGACAUUGAACUAAUUGAUAAGACAAGAGAUCAGUACGGAAGAACGAUAUUCCAUUGUGCAGUUGAAACGAAGAACUAUGUCCUAGUAAAGCUUCUACUUGCGGUUGGAGUCAACCCUAACGCAAAAGAAGGAUGUGGAGCUACACCUAUGACCAUUGCUGUACUUAAUGCUGACCUUGACGCAAGCAAAAUUUUGUUGGAAAAUUUUGCGGAGUUCGAAGGAGCACUUUUUGGCUCAUUUCCAAGUCCACUAGAAAUAGCAACUGCAAUGGAAUUGGCAGAUAUUGUAGAACUGUUUCAAUCAUAUUCCCGAGCAAAUGACAGCCCAAUAGUAGAAGCACUUCAAAGAUUUGACAGCAGUUUUGGCAACAAUAAGUCGUCCCAAAACCCAAUCGAAGGUAUGGAUGAUGACAGCAAUCCCCCAACUGAGAGUGAUGAUAAGUACGAGUACAAAAGAUCAGAUUGCAAAGGUUUUCCAACAGCAAUUGUGGGCGAUGUCGGAACAUGUAAAAUAAAUCGUGGUGUAAAGCACAGGAACAGCACAGCAUAUAGUUGGAUGACUGAAAUACCCGGAGAUAUGCACGCAAAGGGUCAUUUAUGCGAAGCAACGUUCAAAGCACACGGGAAGGGCGGGUUUCAUAAAGUAGUCAACUAUGUCAUGAAAAGACCAAAACUUACUGAAGAAGCGUUUAAGAAAAGAAAGUUUCAAGAGCAAAACCUCAACCAUAUCCAGGAAUCCGUAAGAGAUGCAAGUUGUGCCUACGGUUUUGCAGCAGUUGAAGAGUUUAAGGCAUCAGACGAAUUUCCAUCAGAUGAGGAUUUAACUGGAGCCUUGCGAAAGAAUGGAAAUCACAAUACAAUUCUACUUAAUAGUUUCAAGAAAUGGUUGAAAAAAUGCGCUGAAAGUGAUGACAGUCACAGCUAUCACCAACAACUGUUUUCUUUGUUUGGUCCGUUGUUGGACUUGUUCUUAACUGCGGGUAAAGAAGGAGAUGGAACCCUCCGUGAGACUGCUUGGGUUCUACUGCUGCCUAUUUUUGCACAAUUGAACUUCCGAAACUAUUGGACUGAAGCAUUUGUGCACGUGGUGAAUUUCACAUCCCUAUGGCCGCUGGCUUUCCGGCGCAUGGUGAAGAAUAAUAUGUCAGUUAAUCUUGGUGGCAAACGUGGUCAUAACGUAGAUCUUGAUGAAUAUGUGGAAACAUAUAUUGUAAGGCCUCUCAAAAACUAUACAACAGGUAUAAUUACGGUUCAAUAAAAAAUUAACGCGACGACGCUUCGGUAUCAUCUUGAUAACAUAUUUACGCUCGAACGAUGAUUAUGUUAUUGUUAGUUUUUUUAAUUUUCAAAAUAGCAUUAAUUAAGCUAUAUUCAAGAUGAUAUCGAAGCAUCGUCGUUUGUUUGUGUCGCUUUAUUUUGUCUCUAGAUGCCCGAUCAAUAAUCAGUUGGCAAAUGUUCAUCAGCUUACCAAGAAUCCUAAUUCAAUCGUUUAAUAAAGGCAAAGCACAUAUUAUUAUUAGUAAUAGAUGUUACAUUUUUUUGUUAAUUAAGGUCACACCUCAGUUCAAAUGUGCCAACGAUUGAUGGGAAACCUUGAUGUGCUUGGAUCUGUAAGACGUUCAUUUACUGAACCUUUCAACUAUCACCAAACAACGAAGCACAAAGAACAGAGUUCAUUGCCAGAUGUGGUUAAGGGGAUGUGGUUUUGCCUUGCUAACAACUUUUUCACAGUGUCUUCUGGUAAAGUGGCUAUGGAGCAUCCUUUAAAGAGCGCAACUGUGCCGAGAAAACCAGUUUCACAGGUUUGCAUGGGAGUUGUUAAGAAGGGUGAAAAAAAAGUGAAAGACAAAUUUAAAUCAAAACUUCAUGAGAGUUUUCCAUCUUACAGAAAACUAUCUCUAGAAAAUUUACAAGCGACGGACAGUGAAUAA